AUGCUAUCAACUACCACUAAUCAUUUUCGUUUGGGUCAAAAAAGAAAAUUUUACUCAUUUGAUAUUAAGGCUGAUUCUAUCAUAAAUAAUGCUAAAUAUUUACCCAUUGUUGGAGAGAAUCGAAAUUUUAAUAUAAAAAAUUUUAUAUUUCAUCGUAAAUCUCUUUUACCUAUGAUUCCCUCAACACAUCAUCCAACUAAAAUUUCAACCAAAAAGGUUUCCAAAGACAUAAUUAAUACUAAAAAUAAUCGAAAUUUAACAACAACAUCAAGUAUUUUUUUACUGAAAGCACAAAAUGUUAAUGGAAAAAAUUCACAAUUAAUAAAUCAUAAUUCACAAGAUGAGGAUGACAAUAUAAAUGAUAUUAAUUUAUUGGAUGUAUCUUUGAAACCAAUGAUACCAGAACAAGAUGAUAAUGAAUCUUUAAAAUAUGACACAGCUAGAAAUAUAGGAGUAUAUCCAAGUUUAAUGUCACUUAAUAACCAAGAGAAUGACAAAAAUUAUACCAAUAAUAUGGAUGAAGAAAAUAAGAAUAAAUUUUUUUUAUGUUCAGAAAAUUUUAUACCAAUAAAUAAUUCCAUUGAUAAGAUAGACAGAUAUAGUACAAUUAAAAGACGGGGAGUAGGUCGUUUGUUAGCAUUAAUAAAAAGUCCCCCUGAGGUACAAAUUCAUUUUUGUGAUGCUAUUUUAUAUGAUACACAUGAAUAUUAUUUUGAAAGAACACCAAAUUUAUUUCAUAUUGUUUAUCAAUUUUAUCUUACUGGAUUAAUACAUCAACCAAAUACAUUAUGUCCAAAAGAUCUUUUAGAUGAAUUGGAGUAUUGGCAGAUAACAGCUGAAAAUUAUAUGGCACCAUGUUGUUGUUUUUCAGAAUUUGAAUCAAAUAUAGAUAUAGAAGAUAUAUAUUCUACAUCAUCAGAGGCAGAUUCGAAUUUAUUUAAACAUCUUAUUUUUAGUAAUUUACGUUAUAAAGUUUGGUGUAUUAUGGAAAAUCCUGCUAGUUCUGUUUAUGCACAAUUAUAUGCUAUUUUUAGUAUAUUUUUUGUUGUUUUAUCUAUAGGGGGAUUAGUAUUAAGUUCUAUUCCUGAUUUACAAGUACGAGUUGAAAAAAUUAAAUUUCCAGACAACUUUAAACCAUAUUUUAAUCAUACAACAAUAAAUGAAACAUUAGAAUAUGAAAAAAAAUAUGGUAUUAUAAGAAGUUAUGAAAUGGAACCACAUCCAUUAUUUCAACAACUUGAAUAUAUUUGUAUUUUUUGGUUUGUUUGUGAGUAUGCAGCUAAAAUUUUAGUUGCUCCAAGAAAAUGGCAUGUAAUGACACGUAUUCUUAAUAUAAUUGAUCUUUUAUCAAUUCUUCCAUUUGUUGUUGAUACAGUAUUAUGGAUGAUUGGUUUAGAUAGUGAUCAAUUAAGAGAUUUAAAAGGUGCUUUUCUUGUUGUUAGAAUUCUUCGAGUUUUACGUGUAAUAAGAGUUCUUAAACUUGGUAGGUAUUCUUCAGGAUUACAAAUGUUUGGAAAAACACUUCAUGCUUCCUUCCGCCAACUAAGUAUGAUGGCUAUGGUUGUCAUGACAGGUGUUAUCUUUUUUGCAACACUUAUCUAUUUCUUAGAAAAAGAUGAGCCGGAUUCUAAAUUUUAUUCUAUACCUAUAACUGCAUGGUUUACUUUAGUUACUAUGAGUACCGUUGGAUAUGGUGAUAUGACACCAUCAACAGUUGCAGGAAAAUUAGUAGCAACAGUAGCAAUAGCAUGUGGUGUACUUGUUCUUGCUUUACCUAUCACAAUUAUUGUUGAUAACUUUAUGAAAGUUGCUGAGGGUGAACGUAGAAAUCCUGAAUUUAAAGGAGAAGAUGAUAAUUUAGUAUCUAGUCAAACAACACAAAAUCAAAUAUCUUUAAAUGGCCAACCAUCUUUUAAACGUUUAGGUCCAAGAGCUAGAAUAAUGGAACAAUCACCUAAUGUAACUGUUAAUGCAAAAAAUAAAAAAUGUGGAACUGAAAAUAACAUUCCUUUUAAUCAAAUUAAUAUAUAA